GCACGCGCAUCUCAACGGCUGCAUCAGCUCGGCCACCAUGAAGAAGCUGAUGGCGCAGAAGCCGGGCCUGCAGAUCCACAACGGGAUGACCGUGAUUGACAAGGGGCACAAGCGGACCCUGGACGAAUGUUUUCAAAUGUUUCAGAUGAUCUAUCAGRUUACCACUAGAACUGAAGAUAUUUUACUGAUAACUAAAGAUGUUAUUAAAGAAUUUGCUGAUGAUGGUGUCAAGUAUUUGGAAUUGAGGAGCACUCCUAGAGAAGAAAAGGCCACAGGUAUGACCAAAAGGAUGUAUGUUGAGACUGUGCUUGAGGGAAUAAAACAGUGUAAAGAAGAAGGCUUGGAUAUAGAUGUAAGAUUGCUAAUAGCAAUAAAUAGAAGAGGUGGCCCUGCAGUUGCUAAAGAGACUGUUAAACUUGCUGAAGAGUUCCUGCUUUCCACCGAUGGGGUUGUAGUAGGACUUGACCUCAGCGGUGAUCCCACCGCAGGACGUGGCCAAGAUUUUUUGGAACCCCUCUCGGAAGCAAAAAAGGCUGGUCUUAAGCUGGCGUUGCAUCUUUCAGAGAUUCCAAAUCAAGAAGAGGAGACCAAAAUUCUUCUUGGCCUGCCUCCUGACAGAAUUGGACACGGAACAUUUCUCAACUCUGCAACAAUAGGGUCAGAGGAAUUAGUGCCACUUGUUAGACAGAAUCACAUACCUAUUGAAUUGUGCAUGACAUCAAACAUCAAAACUCAGACAGUGCCUUCCUGUGACAAACACCAUUUUGGAUACUGGUACAGCAUAGGUCACCCUGCAGUGCUUUGCACUGAUGAUAAAGGCGUCUUUGCAACAGAUCUCUCUCAGGAAUAUGAACUGGCUGCAAAAACAUUUAAUCUGACUCGAUCACAGAUGUGGGAUCUUUCCUAUGAAUCCAUCGACUAUAUUUUUGCUUCAAAUGUGGUAAAAACAAGGCUAAAGGAACAGUGGUGUAAACUGAAGCCAACUCUGUUUGAUUAAUCAAAAUAUUCUUCUAAGUAUCUUCGAUGUGUUAGCUUUUCUUUCUUUUUACUGAAGUGCGUGACUUUGGCAUUUUCAGCUCUCAGGGUUAUAAAUCGAGUCCUGCUGCUGUGUGUGCAAAAUCAGGAAUGCAGGAAAGCAUCAUCUCUUAGUGAGGAUGGAAGCAGAAGUCCUUUGGAUAGUCCCUUUGUCUGGAAGGGCUUCAGUCAGUGAUUAAAAAUCUAGAUGUUUUAUUACGUAGUCUCUCUUUAGUUGAUAUGAUAUUAUUCUUUAAAACUAUUCUGUUGAAAUAUUUCAUAAUAUUACAGUUCAGAAUCAGAACAAUUUGGCACAUUUUGAAGGAAUGAAAAAGUGUAUGUUUGCAACUGUAUACCAAUCAGUUUGGGUUUUUGGGGUGUGCGUGUUUUGUUUUCCAAUAUUUUUAAACAAGUUUUGAGCAGUUGAGUGAACAUGAAGACAGAGAUAACCUCAGGGAGAAUUAAAUAUUUGUUUCAAAAAAUAUAUACAACUGUUGCRUUUGUUUCUGUUGAUGUGUAUGUAUGACUGAAACCUGCUGUGGAUUGUGUAGUGUGUGGGUGUGUGUGGUGGUUUCUAUCACUGCAGUCAGUAUUCGUAGGAUCUUGUAGUGCCUCCA